CAUCAUUGUCGCCGCGGCGUUCGUAACGCUGGUCGCGAUGGGCUUGAUCGCGACGCACCUUCUGCGCGCGUGCGUCGGCCGAUGGCGCCGCAUCGAGUUGAAGGGCCACGUCGGCGACGUCACGACCGUCAAUUUCUUCCCGAGCUCCCGCGUCGCGCUCACGGGCUCGGCCGACUUUCGUCUGCGCAUCUGGUCGAUGGAGGCUUUUCGGUGCGCGGCCGUUCUCGAAGGCCACGUCGGCGCCGUCACGGGGUCGGGCAUUCUCGGCAAAGGCCGCAACGUGGUGUGUACGUAA